UUAGUGAUGUGGUAAUUAAAUAAAAUAAGUAAAUAUUCAAUUAACGGCACAUUUUGUGCCCUUAUCUGUUCAUAAUUAUCGUUCCUUAAGAUUAGUGAAAUACUAUGCGGGUAUAAUUUGCAAUAAAUUGUUAGGAUUUCAAGUAAAAUCCCUGCAAGUUUCACUUCGAUUGUUUACAUUGUCCAAUGGAUAUAAAAGUCGUAGGUUUUCAUGGUAGCAUAAGCAGGCAUUGUGGACGAGAAUAAUGGUAUCUGGGAUUUAUUGUUAAACUUAAAAGUCUUACAUUAUGAGUGAAGCCGAUGAAUCGGAUUCGGAAUUAGAUCCCCGUAUUCAAAUUGAGUUAGAGAAAUUAAACACCACCACCGAUGAAAUCAAUAAAUUGGAGAUUGAGUAUGAUGAGGCCAACACUACUUUUCGAAUGCUUCUCAAUGAGUCCACAAGAAGGUUAAAACUUCUUACUAAAAAAUUUGGUAGCUGCAUUGAGAAGGCAAGACCCUACUAUGAUUUGUUGGAAGUGGCCAAAAGGCAACAGAAGCAAUGUCAGGAGGCAGCGGCUUUGUAUCAAAAGGCAAAUGGUAUCCAUUCUGCCGCUAAAGAAACGGUCGCCUUGGCAGAACAACGUUUCUUGACCAAUCAACAUGAGUGGCAGUUCGAUAAUGCCUGGCAAGAAAUGCUUAACCAUGCCACCAUGAAGGUUAUGGAAGCGGAAACGCAAAAGGCCGAACGGGGUCGUGAACAUCAGAUUAAAGCCUCCGUAUACAAAGAGACAGAGGAAAACCUGAAGCAGCUUGAGGACAAGUUGCAGAGGUUCAUUACUAAGUCUCGUCCUUAUUUUGAUGAAAAAGCUCUCUGUCAGGAACAAUUGAAUACUCAAAAACAGCGAAUCGAAAGCUUGAAGAAAGAGAUUAUAAAAACCAAGAACUUUUACUCACAAACUUUGAAGAAUCUUGAACAAAUAUCGAAUGAAAUUCAUAUGAAAAGGAAAGAUAAGUAUCGCGAGGCGGACCUAUUAAAACGUCCAAGAGAACCUGGGGUGGGGGCUGAGUUAAAUGUACCCUAUACCGAAACACCCAACAGCAGUCCUUCUAAAACACCGAAGCAUAUGUGCUCGUUACCCGAUAUAACAGCAGAGCUGGACAAGUGUGAAAUCUGUAGUGUAGCAACCACGAGUUCUGCAGUAAGUGAAAAGGACGAGUCUGAGGAUGUUUAUGUUGAUUUAGAGGAGGUCAAAGCAAUACUGAAGGAUAUGAACAUUAGACCAGAGAUGGCAGAAGGGAAAAAUGAGGACGUCUACAUCUCGGAAUUGCAUAUCGGUAACCUGAGCGAAAGUACAAAGCACGAUUUCAAUGAAAGGGAAACGGCGGUCCCCCGUCAAGAAAAAUAAUUGCCUUGGUAAAGUUGAAAAUAUUUUACGUUUCCCCAGUUAAUGGCAUCUUUAUAAAUUGGUUCAAAAAUAUCAGAGGUUUCCUAUACCUUCUUGGUUUUAGGGAUUGUAUUAAAAAAAGUGUAUGGCUAUUUAUUAUUAUGUUGUCCUUUCGUUGUAAAUUUUAUUUUUGUAUAUUUUGUAUGAUGGUUGUAAUAUUCAUUUUGCGGAAGAUAAAAUUACGAGAUACCAGUUUACAAGCUCUUAUUUAUUAGAAGUAAUUCUGGUCAAAAAAUAUGGUCGAAUUUUUGACAAAAUAGAUGCUAUACGAAUAAAAUAAUAUAAAAUUCAUCGUUUAGCCAUUUACUUUUACAUAAAAUAAUCUUUUUACGGUAAACGACUUAUAGGUGGCAAAUAUUGCCUGUACAUAGGUUGACUCUAAAAUACCCUGCAACCACUUACUAUUUGUUGUGAGUUGCACCUCGCCGAUUAUAUACAACAUAUUAAUACUUUUUAUAAUUUUACAGAUUGAAAAAGAUUUUUACGUUUUAUUUAUUUCAUUGUUCUGUUUUCUUUAAUUUUUUUUAAGCACUUUUUUGUCGGCAUUGAGAUUUAUCAGUUCAUUAAAAUAUUUUACUGCAUAAAACACAUAGCUUCAUAGCGUUCAUUUGAUACACUAUUGAUACACUAUAGAAUUCGCUACAAUCGCUUGUUUGAUACUCAGUGGUCUAUCUGCAUCUUGUUCCUUUACUCCAAUAAUUUGAAGAAUAUGCUUCUGAAGCCUAUCCAGCAGGUCAAGUGAAUUUUUUUUUGUUUAACUAUUCAAUUUCAAUUUAAUUCAAUUUACCAACAUGAAAUUUUCAACGGGUCGCUCUUUAAAGAUGGAUGCUUUUAAUGGAGAAGUAUGUGACUAAUAUAUUGCGUCAUCGGUCAGAAAUCUUUUGUUAAAGCUGUCAAUUAAUAGUGACAAUUUACAAUGCUGUAUCAAAAUUUCUGUCCCUACUUCUUUAGCGGUUAAGGUUUUUGACGUAGGUGGAGCGCGAGUCGCUUUUAAUGCUAAUAUCCUUUAUUUCGAACAAAAUCAUAUUAAACAAGGAAACUUCAAAAAGGCAUAACUUGGCCUAACAUAACUAAACAUUUACAAGAUUACAAAUGAUUAAAAUAAAUAAACUAAUAAAAUUGCACAAUAAAAUAGCUAAUUUUAAAUAAUAAAAAGACGAGACAAUGGAAAAUAUGCGUACCCAUUUUUGACGUUUAAGGUUUGACGAACCUGCCAAAUUUCGUUAAACGUCGGUAUAUUUAUGAAUGUGAAACUCGCAAUCUCAUCGAUUGAUUACAAACGUCAUAGCAACUAUUUUGUCCAGUUACGUGGAUCUGAAUAUGGUUGACAUUUUGAAUCUCGUAAAAGCAACAUAUAUCAAUAAAGAAAAUUUCAUCUUCUGUAAAUAUUUUAUAUAAAAAGCCAUCUGGAUAUUUUCCUUGGACGCUGUAGUGUUAUUUUUUUAGUUUCCGUUGAUUAUUCUUAGGUGUCUAUUUCUCGAAAUAGUAAAAUUUGUUAUAUAUCAAAAAUAAAACCAGUAACAAAGAAGAUAUAA